CACUAUAGACACUCCCAGCUGAUUUCUAGGAAAGAGAGAGGGUAGGAGACAAUCUUUCCUGGACAAGAGGAUGCUAUACAACUAGACGGUGGAAAAUACGAGAAAAAAGGCGGAAAAUAUAUAAAUUAGCCAUAAACACACGUGAAAGCCUUACCAAGUGCUUUAUUUUGGGUUAAUUUGCAAAAAAAAAUUAAUUCUGUACCCGAGACCUCUCCCAGCCCUCUCCCAGCGUCUCCCAAGCUUCUCUCAGCCCCAGUCUUGCCACAGGGGAUUACAGAGGGGCUACAAUGUUCCUGGUGGGGCUGACAGGGGGUAUAGCCUCCGGGAAGACCACGGUUAGCGACAUGAUGAGGGAAAUGGGAGUGCCUGUAGUGGAUGCCGACCUUAUUGCUAGACAAGUGGUGGAGCCCGGCAAGAGAGCGUGGAGCAAGAUAAAGGCGGCGUUUGGUGACGAGGUGUUCCACGAGUCAGGUGAGGUGAACAGGGAGCGGCUGGGGCAGGUGGUGUUUGCGGACAUGGAGAAGCGAAGAAUCAUCAACAAGAUCACACACCCGGAGAUAUACAGGGAGAUACAGUGGCAGGUCAUCCACUACUUAUGUAAAGGGGAGCAGUUUGUGGUGCUGGACCUUCCGUUGCUGUAUGAGAGUAACAAAUGCACCAACUACCUCUUCAAAACUAUCGUGGUCACUUGUGAGGACGAGCUACAGUUGGAGCGUCUGGUGUCCCGUAACAGCUACACAGAGAAGGAGGCCAUAGCAAGAAUUGAAGCCCAGAUGCCACUCGAGAGGAAAUGCAAGAUGGCCGACUUUGUGAUCGAGAACUCCGGCAGCAAGCAAAGCACCAGGAAGCAAGUAGAGGACAUCGUGAAAUACUUGAGGUCUUCCCGGCACCAUCUGUACCUGAGGGGGGUCUGGGGAGGCGGUCUGGUGGUGGUGGUGGCGGUGGUGGUGGGGUUGUUCAUUUAUUUCUAUUUGUGACUUUGAUUUGUUUUUUUGAUUUAUUUUUUGAUUUUCUUGUUUAAUUUUUUUUUGUGUGUUUUGGUUCAUUUCCGUCUUUAAUUGUUUUGGUUGUGUUUUCGUUCAUUUUUUACUGUUUCUAUUCUUUAUUUAUUUUUUUUAAUGUUUUAGUGUACUCUUGUUGUUUGUGGCUCAGAAUGGUGUUGGUGUAAUGGUGUUGCUUCUCAUGUUGUUGCUGUUGUUGUUUUAUCACGUACAGUGCAAUGCUUUGGAAGAAUUUUAGUAUACAGAUUAGUUAUGU